AUGCGAGAGUGGUGCAAAGCUGAGCUGCUGCCCCUUAUUGAGGAGUGGAAGGCCCAUGUCAAGGAAGAGCUUGGCAAGUCUGUCAAAGAGUCCGUGGCCGCUGGCAACAAGACCGUUUUUGAAUUGCUCGAAGCUGUUCGCCAGACGGUACAGGACAACCAGGCCACCAUGGACGAGAAGAUCAUGUCUGUCGUCAGGCCACAGCCUCCCCCGCGGGUUCCUGCGGGCUUCGAUCGCGACACGGGCGGCACGAUCGCGGUUGCGAUGUCGCAGAAGCACACUACUGCGGCCCACGUACGUGAAACCCUUCAGCCAUUCAUCAGUGGGUUGGGAUAUGAGGCGACGGAGUGCGAGAUCAAAGCUUCAGGGGACGAACCAUCCAAGCGCUUCGCGGUGGCCUUCAAAGGAACUGUGGCCCCUGCGACGCGCAAGGCUCACACUAUCUUGCAGAACCUCAAAGUUGACAAGCAGUGGAGGGAGUUCACGGUCGGCGUGUCAGGCUCGUCCGAUUGCAGGCUCUUCCUCGGGCCAGACAAAAGCCCGAAACAAAUCAAGACAGAGAUAUUACUUCGACGUUGCCGGUCGGAGAUUGCGUCUGUGUACCCGCAGGCCAAGCUUUUCUCGGACCGCGAGCGGGGAUGUCUCCUGGUGGGCUGGGACAAGACUCUCAAAGUGGAGGCCGGCGCGGGACAGGAUGAUUCGAAGCUCCAGUGGGAGCCCAACCGUAUCACGAAAAACAACAUGGACAUCGAAC